AUAGUUUAGUUCCCGUCUCUCAUCUGUUCCUCCAUGUUUUCUUUCCCCACCAGUUGGGUGCGAUCCCUUCUGAGGAAGAAAGUGUCCAUCGAAGACCUCCCGGAGGAUCUCCUCCUCGAUAUCCUCUCUCUGGUCCCAAGGAAUGACUUGGUCUUCAGCUGCCGCCGAGUUUGCUCUCGGUGGAGGGAUCUGGUGGAUCUCCCCGUCCUUUGGAAGCGCAAAUGCCGGCGGAUGGGAUUCCACCUGGAGGGGUCGAAUAGUGGUCUCCGGGACUGGAGGGCCUUCUGCUUCCAUCACAGCCUGAGGAACCUGGUCAAGAACCCCUGUGGAGAAGAAUUCCUGGAUUUCUGGGAAGCAAACCAGCCAUAUUGGGAGGUCUCCGAGGACGUUCUGUCGGGAAGAUGUGUCCAGUUCUAUGAGAGAUGCCUGAGGAUUCCUCGUCCACCACAAGAGAUCCAGAGGUGCUUUGUUUUCAGUAGUUCGGAUGGGAGCGGGACCAAGCGGCAGCGGAUUACUUUGCGGGAAGAAGGCUACUCAAACCGGCUGAUGGACGAAUGCAGGCCCAAAAUCAUUGUGAAAGAUUGGCAAUAUUACAGCUGGAGGUCUGGUAGCCAACUCCACGUGAAGCUGCUGUCGGCUGGAUUGGAGGUCCUCCAAGAAUGCCGCCUAUUCAGUUCUAAUAGUGAUGACUGGUGGAAUGAGCUUUCCCACACUUUCGAGGGUUAUCCUACCGGCAUCCGUCACAUUGAUCUGGAGCAUGAAGUGGAAGCAAGGACUUUUGUCAAAAUCACCGGCACCAGUGUCACCAUUGAUCGCGAAGAGACCCAAAAGGAAGCUGCUGCCACCACCACCACCACCGCCGCCACCACCGCCGCCACCACCGCCACCACCGCUGCCACCACCUUCACCACCCUGACCUUGGCCACCACACCCUUUUUUUCAACCCAAAAAAGGUCCCCCCCGCUUCCCUGCCGUUUGUUCAAUAAGAAUCUCUUGGUCCGCCCCCUCCCCGUGGCUUACAAAUCACGAUUUGGAAGCGCCUCUGGGAUGUUUGUGAGGAUGGCCAACGUCGGCGACUUGCCGGAAGACGUUUUGAUCGAGAUCCUGAUCCGGAUCCCGGCGAGGGAAUUAAUCCGGAAUUGCCGCCUGGUUUGUCUGCUUUGGCGGGACUUGGUCGACCUGCCGAGUCUUUGGAAGCGCAAAUGCCAACGGGGCGGGUAUCGCGCCAGGAACCCGGACAAACCCCCUCCGGAUUGGAAGAUCCACUACUUCCUGUGUAGCUUGGAGCGGAACCUGAUCAAGAACCCGUGCGCUGAAGACGGUUUUAGUUGCUGGAGGAAAGACGAGAAUGGCGGUGACGAAUGGAAAAUCGAGGCCCUCCCCGGGGAUCACGGACACGGAUUCCCUCACCCGCAUGUUCAGAAGUACUUCGUCACAUCCUUCGACUCCUGCAUCAAGAGCCAGAUGAUCACCUUGAAGAAAGAAGGUUACUGGGAUCAGUUGAUGGACCAAGUCAAGCCGGACAUCGUGGUCGAGGACUGGUUCGCCGCCCGCUACGACUGCGGAUGCCGCUACCAGCUCUGCGUCCAGCUUCUCUCCGCCGACUACAUCGUCUUGCAAGAGUUCUGCCCGGAAGACGUCGUCAUUGAGCAAUGGAGCGACGCCGAGUGGCGGCAGGCCUCGCACACAUUCCACGACUACCCCCCCGGCGUGCGCCACGUGCUCUUCCGCCACGGAGGCUGCGAUACGCAGUUCUGGGCCGGGUGGUACGGGGUCCGCGUCACCAACUCCCGCCUCUCCAUCGGCCCCGAAGUGGCCCCGUGAUCCCCCCAUGCCUUGCUCGUAUCUCUAUCCAAAACGGUGUGUUUCCCCCCUUUUCACACUCCUGGUGCAAUCCGUGAUAGGUCCUUCUUUGAGGAAUCAAAACAGACGGGAAAGGCACCAAUGGAAAGAACGGAAAGCUUUGGAGACUUAUGUAAUAUCAAUAAACCGAUGUAUUGAUCGCUACCGAUGCAAACUAAGUCACAUAUAAGUAGGAUUUAAGGCUCGAAACCCCAUAGGGAAAAACAACAACAACAGCAUCAUCCUGGGUUUGAAUCGUGUCCUAGCUGGUUCCGAUUACGAGCACUUUCCGAAAAUUACGAAGGGAUGCUCGUCGCGUGACUUGAUCGGGUCCCCUUCUGAGCCUGAUGUAUUGAUCGCCACCAAUACUAACAAAGUCACACAUAUAUAGAAUUCAAGGUUCGAAAUCCCAUAGGGAAAAACAACAACAACAACAACUUGGUUUUGAAUCCUCGCUGAUUCAGAUUACGAGCACUUUCCGAAAAUUACGAAGGCAUGCUCGUCCUGCGGCUCGAUCAGGUCCCUUUCUGAACCCGAUGUACUGAUCGCCACCAAUGCAAACAAAGUCACAUAUAUAUUGGAAUCAAGGUUCGAAACCCUAUAAGGAAAAACAACAACAACAACAUCUUGGUUUUGAAUCCUCGCUGAUUCCGAUUACGAGCACUUUCCGAAAAUUACGAAGAGAUGCUCGUCGCAUGACUCGAUCGGGUCCCUUUCUGAGCCUGAUGUAUUGAUCGCCACCAAUGCAAACAAAGUCACAUAUAUAUUGGAUUCAAGGCUCAAAAUCCCAUAGGGAAAAACAACAACAACAACAUCCUGGUUUUGAAUCCUCGCUGAUUCCGAUUACGAGCACUUUCUGAAAAUUACGAAGGGAUGCUCGUCAUGCGGCUCGAUCAGGUCCCUUUCUGAGCCCGAUGUAUUGAUCGCCACCAAUGCAAACAAAGUCACAUAUAUAUUGGAUUCAAGGCUCAAAACCCCAUAAGAAAAAAUAACAACAACAGCAGAAUCCUGGGUUUGAAUUGUAUCCUCGAUGUUUCCGAUUACGAGCACUUUCUGAAAAUUACGAAGGGAUGCUCGUGGUUCCGAUUACGAGCACUUUCCGAAAAUUACGAAGAGAUGAUCGUCGUGCGACUCGAUUGGGUCCCUUUCUGAGCCAGAUGUAUUGAUCGCCACCAAUGCAAACAAAGUCACAUAUAUAUUGGAUUCAAGCUUCGAAACCCCGUAAGAAAAAAUAACAACAACAACAUCUUGGUUUUGAAUCCUCGCUGUUUCCAAUUACAAGCACUUUCCGAAAAUUACGAAGGGAUGCUCGUCAUGCGGCUCAAUCAGGUCCCUUUCUGAGCCCUCUCUUCGACGUACAGCUGCAUCUAUUUGGAGGAAACAAUAUGGGAAAUCAACUCCAAAGUAAGGGACACCACUCGAGAUCUGGUACUUAGUCAACUAUAAGUUGUAUGGAGAUGCCAGGAUGCAACGGCUCACCUUCAACAGGUCCGACGUCAUGGUCUUCAAUGGGAUCAGGCGCGGGUCGCGCAUGUGGACGUCCUGCUCGUCGGCCAGGAUCCAAGGGAAAUCCUUUAUGGGUCCAAAUAACAGACAUCAAGGGAUCAAACGGGAACCCUAAAGGCCAUCUAGACCACCCUCUCCUCUGUGUGUGUGUGUGUUUCCGCAAUAUAUACAUUUCUGGCCAUGCGAUCGUUCGUUUGUAGGAGUCGACAUUAAUACAUUAUAUCGAGUUUCUAAUCCUGGAAUUAAUAAAAUGUUGUUUUCUCACCUUGA